AUGUGGAAAGGGCUUUUCCUGAUCUCAGAGCUCAUCCAACUAGCAUCGCUAUUGCAGCUUGUGCGUCACAAUUCCGUCAAGAAGUCUGUUUUCGGUGUCUCUUGUGACUUUUGCGCCUUCUGCUGGAUCUACAAUGUUUGUUCGGCGGUUUCUGCUCUAAUCUACCUCCUUUCGCCUGCUCUUCGUUCCCAGUAUGCGGCAAGGUAUCCACUCUACCCUGAAUUCAACACUAGCUCCAUUAUUUUGGUGCUCCAUCUUCUUGGCUCCGCAGCAGCCACGUUCUUUGUGUUUCAGGUUUUUGUCCUCCACAGAAGAAGCAUAGGCGGCAUCGAAACCGUCAGUCUUCUCUGCAAAUGUGUUCUAGUGAGCUAUUGCGGUUUUCUCUUUUGGAUAUUGCGCUCUUACGUGCUCCACAGAGCCACAGUCAAUGUUCUAGAUGUAGCUAAUUGUUUCUGGUUUCUUGGCGCUCUGAGCCGGGCGUUCAUGUUUGUUCUGCAGAUUUCCGUCAACUGGUUUUUUCUGAAGGCGUGCGUGCUCCACCGCAACUUCCUUUUGUUCCAGGGCUUGUCUUUAUUCUUUGCUUUUGCUGGCUACGAGUGGGCUCGUUUUGCCGGAAAUCAAUGGUACGACGUACCAACAAACGCACCCGCUCGUGCGGCUCUUGCACUCAAUUCCGUCUGUUUGUUGGCUCUAGCGGCCCAGUCCUACGUCUACCGUUCGAAAAAAAACUACUCCAAUGUGUAA